AUGCACCUCCCAGUUGCUACACAUAAACGUGUUAAGAAACGACAAAGCAUACAAAAAGGAAAACAGGGAAGACACUCCAAAUGGGUAAUCAUUAAAAACAACUUCGGAUUGCUAUCCAGGUGGAACUCCCCUACACAAAGCACAAAUGCAAAUAUGAAGACAAGUCAAGUAGACAAAUAUUUCUUUAUUAAACCUAGGACAUAUUUCUGCGAUAUGCAUGGACAAAAGUGUGCAUGUUUGGACAAAUGGAAUGGAAAUUUAGUUCAAUUCGAACUUUCAACAAAGAGCGGCUCCAGAGAAACCGAAGAAAAUCAAAGCGACGUCACCACUGGUGACGAAACGUAUAGGGGUGCCACUAACAACUUCGCUCCCAAUGGCGGCAAAUUUGAAAGCCCUCUUUGUGACAAAUCAAAGAAGGUGGGGAAAAAUCCGGUGAAAAGAAGCUCUUCCAAAGUGAAUGGAUUCACAAAAAGGUACCUCCCUACCGAGGGAACCGCUGCAUAUAACACCGUCACAAACGCGGAAAAUACAGGAAAUGACCCCUUGUCCAUUUUUAAAACAGAAUCGGAUAAAAUUUUAGAACAUAUUAAAAAAUGGAAAAUGAAGAGAUCCACUCUUUCCAAAAGGGGUCAGGUACCUGACUAUGUGGUCGGUAGGGACAUCCCUUCUCCAAGCGCGAAGGAAGUCGCCCCAAAUUAUGGGAACAUCCUUAGGGACAAAAAAAGAAAGAAAAAAAAAACAGAUACGUGUGCAACUUUGCCCAAAAAAUUGGAAAACUUCCGCACUGGUGAACAGGCCCAUUGCAACUAUGCAAAUGGUGAAAAAAAGGACUCUCCAAAAAAUGAGGCACACAUAGAAGGCAAGACAACGCAAGGGGGGAUAUCACAUACAAUGGCAACCCCCUAUAAUAAUAACAAGGUAAAAAGAUGUUAUUUAAAAAAGGAAGAAAUUUCUUUCAGUCAAAAGGGAUCUUGUAAUUUCAAUCAGCUGGAUGACUUCCACAUUGUAAGUGGACUUACCAUGGAGCGAAAACUGAAUCUGCCCGGAGGUAACUGCCCCAGGCAUAAAACUCCUUCUGAUCUCAGCAGUUGCAGCGCUGGUGACAGGACCAACCCUGCAAACAUACCUAGAACAGAAGGGUUGUACCAGAACGAGCAAAUUAACCAACGAAAAAAAAGAAAAAUUGACACCCAAAGUAACAGAAAUGCAUUAAUUAACAAAACGAACAACUGCAAAGAAUUGUUGAGUGGUUUUCCCGCUAUACGUCUAAAGGGCGGCUCGGAAAAUGACGCCCCUCAUUCGAGCCAAAUCUUUAGCAAACAAGUGAAAUGUGUUUACCUACCCAAAGGGAACAACCAAGACAUAGCUUUUGAAGGCGAUCUGAAAUGGAAAAAUUAUAUUCUAACUAACAAAAGUGCAGACGCAAAAGGCUCCACUCAGUCAGAAAAACAUAGCUAUGACAUUUAUAAAGCGAAGGGGCGAAAAUCAGACAUCAAAGGAUUUGGCACUCCAUCUAACAACCUAAACUAUGCGAAAAAGGUGAUCAAAAUAGGCACUUCACAAAAUAUUCAGCAUAGCGCUACCAAAAAGUUAAACUCCGAAGAACUCACCAUUGGAAUGAAGAACAUACAAAAUGAACGUAGAGAAUCCCAAAAUAGAGAAAAUGGAAAUAAAAAAACUCUAACCGAUGGGAAGGUGAAAUUCGAACUGGGAAAAAGGAACACUCACUCACUGGAUGAAGCUGCUAAGGCGACUCGAAGAAGCAAACAAAAAAAAUAUAAUGACAACUCUGCUAUUACUACAGAAGAAGAGAGGGGGAAAAAAACAUCCAGAAAAGUCACAAGUCAUAUGACCCGCUUAGGGAAGACACCUGAAUCCAAUUUAGGAAAAAGAUCCAAUCAUAAUAUUACUCUAAGACAAGAGAAAGGCACCUUCGGUGAUGCCAACCCAACAAAAAGGGGAACUCCUGACGGGUCAAACAAUUUACCUAAAAGGAACAUGCUAACACACUCCAAUGGGACAAAGGAAUCAAAACAACUGAGACGAAUUAAACAAAUGGCUAGCACAUGCAAAACGGCAGGUUUUACCAAUAAAAAUGUCCAAGCAAAAAUAAGGGGAAAAAAUAACCAAAGUGAGGUGAACAAAGUAAAGCCUACAAUAAAUGACACAGCCUUCCAACCAUCCUGGGAUGGGAAGCAAAAAUUAGAGGAAAGGAAAGACGCGCGCCAGCCACCAAGCAAGGCAAUCCACAUAGACGCCAAUAAAAACACAAAAGGAAUUUUUAAUUCCAACUUUACAGCAGCACCAAUUUAUAACAUACUUUGCACAAAUUUGAAAGUUCACGAAGGAAUGACCGAUUUUAACAGCCAUACCAGUGGACAGUCAGAAAAUUUUUCGCAUGAGAAAACUUCACCAUGCAGCAGCGGAAAGACAGAAUAUGCAAGCUCCGUGUCAUCACCCGGUCACAAAUCUAGUGAGUUUAGCAUCGUGGAAGAAGGAAAAAAGGAGACACGCUCGCCGAAACGUCCAAAUUAUAAAAGCCAUGAAACAUUGCUAUACGAACUGAUACACACAAAUGACAAUAAAAGUAGAAUCAAACAAUUUAUUGAGCAAUCUGAGGGGCGUCAAAAUGAAUGCACAAAUUUGUGCAGCCAAAAUGCCACUCAUAGAAGUGGAACAACUGAAGUAAACACUAACGAUGUCAAUGUGAAGACAAAUCGAAUGAAUUCCCCUCCGGGGAAGUGUCACAACGAAGGCGCACCAAAUGACCAUCAAGACAAAUCUCAAAAAAGCACUUCAAAUGGUCAAAAAGAAGACCUAAGAAAAAGCCACGAAACUUUGCUAUAUGAAUUAAUCAACGAGAAUGAUAACAGAGUGAAAAUUUUAAAUUUCCUGAAACGGUCUAACGGACGAGAAAUCAGUCCCAGCCAAGGAUGCGAUACGGAAGGGAAUUACCCCAAACACAAUGGGCACGAAAACGACCGUUUAGGGGAAGGAGCCGUUAAAAUUAUACCACACCUAUUGGAGGCUCCACCUCCAUUGUCCUCCCAUUCAAGAAGCGUAAAGUCACCUACGACAAAAUGUAUACUGCCCAAAUGGAAAACCACUCAACUGUGCAAAAUGGUGGAAAACAAAAACGCUCCAAUGUACACAAUUCCGAGCAAGUACCACAAUAAAUAUGCACCCCAGAAGAAGAUCAAGGCAAUGACGACUAAAAUGCAAAGCACGAAAGAAAUGAAGCAAAAGGGAAGCAUCACAAUAAAUGACAAAAUUAGAGGUGGAUACAAAUUGACGGCAAAUAAAAAAGGGGAGACAAAACUGUCUGAUGUGCAGAGCCAUGAUGCACCACAUCAGGUAAGCAGUAAGAACCCCCACAGUAAAGGCACCUCCAAAGGGGAGCAUACCCAGAGGAGGCAAAUUGUAACAGAAAAAAGAGGAGAAAGGAACUAUCUGAUUUUCGCGAAAUUGAAAAGUGGGACCACCAAACAUGACAUUCCGAAACGUCCAAAAAGUAUAACUAUCAAACUAGUUCAUGCUAAGGAGAAAAAUGAAAACAAGAAAAAUAUUCCUUCUAGCAAUUUGAUCAUUAAAAAGCAAGUAGACAACAGACCAACCAAGAGCACACAUGCAGGAGCUUCGUGGAAAGUGCCUAUCCCUUCACACAUGCAAAUACGCCAAUCCAAAAUGGCGAAACAGAAUGGAAGAAUUACCAACCAAGUAAAUAUAAAAAAAUGUCCCAUCAGGCAAGAAGCUAUCCCUAGACAAACUGAACAAAAAACGAAAGGGGAAAUUCCAGAGGAACAAAAAAAUAGUAAAGAAAUUGCAGAAAGAACAUUUCAAAGCGACAAAAAAAAGAGUGUCCAAGACGGAAUCAUAAAAAUAGACCACACUAAACAUAAGGUUAACACCAUCACACAUACAGGAGUAAAAAAAAGAAAGUUACUCUCUGGUGCAGAAGCUAACGCAAGGGUCAAAGCAAGGAAGGUGCAAACCGAAAUGAUUCCCAAGAAAAUCAACAUACAAAUGAUGACCACAAAAUUGAAGAAAAAAAUUGAAAAGAAUGACCAAAGUGCCAAUAAUGAAGAAGGGCAAAGAGUGAACUCCGCUUCUGAUGUAAAAGUAUCGGCCAGCAAAGAGACGACCCCCUCAGUGGUGAACCCACUUAAAAAGGUGAAUACAGAAUGUAUCCAUAUAUUACUAGAAAAGAAAAACAGGACACACUUCACCAAUCCAAAGGAAGAGGCCAUACUGCGUCUGUUUAAAAAAGACGUUCAAAAAAAUUCCCGCAAUAAAGACAUCCAAAUGAGCUUCUCUCUUUAUGUAAGCUCACCCGUUGUGAACCCUCCAAUGGGACAACACCUGUAUAGCGCAUUCUCGAACAGAAUGUACCAUCUGCUAGACACUGUUCAUCUGAACCAAGUUUCCCCCUCUGAUGAAUUAGAACAGAAAAAAUUAGCAAAAAAACAGAACAGUAUCUCACAUGAAGGGGGAAAUACCUAUCUCUCAUCAGCAGCACAAGCAUUCACAAAAAUGAAAACAAUGCUUACCAUUCAUUUCUACCAAACGGAAGGGAUCAACUCUGUAAGAAAAUGCACCACUAUGACAGUUCAACUUUUACAGUUCUAUCAGUGGAGUGGUAAGAAGGCUAACCUGGUGGUAAUGCACGGACAAACAGUAUGCCUUAACAACGUGGAAGAGGUCAAAUUGAUGCACCAAGAGAAACCACACCUAGCAAACGUAGACACUGCUACAAAGGAAGAAUGCAAAGAACCCUCCACAUGGCUUCAAGCAGAAGUGCACUCGAACCACUACGCUGCGGGGAAAGUAAAAAACGAAGACAUUAACACGGAAAUCGUAGGAUGGGAGAAUAAAAUUUCCCACAGUACUAUAUUCAUUACAGUUCCACUUGUAAAAUGGACCAUAAAAAGUAUUAUCAUGUCAAGAGAAGAGGGGAAAAACGCCCCAUUCGAAGAAUCAGAAAAGAAGAUAGAUCCUGCAAAAAUUAGUGCAAUGCAUUAUCAAAUUACAACACUCGAUGGGGACAAUAAGCUGACUUCAGAUAAAGUCCAGACAAAAAAAAUGUGCGCUAACGUAGCCAAAAAAGGAAAUACAUAUGUUCUGGCCAAAAAAGAAAAUUAUGAGCUGGGGAAGUUGCCAAGUGUCGAUGAUGAAAAAGGCAGAAUGACAUCAACAUGUCUCACAGGCACGAAUAUAGAAGAUCCGAAAAAAGAUGUAGUUACCAUAAAGGGGAUUAUACGUGAAGGAUUCGCUGAAGGGAAAGGGACUCUAAUGAUUAAGGACCUAAAGGAGGGCUCUCAACAAAUGGAAAACGGGAACCCGGUUCAGUUAUCAUAUGAGAACCCAUUCGAGCUGAAAAGUGGGAGCCCGGUUCAGGUAUCAUGUGAAAACCCAUUCGAGCUGAAAAGUGGGAACCCGGUUCAGUUACCACACACGAACGAUAAUAAAAUGACAAACCAAACCACGCAACCACCCAACGGAGACAUCGAAAAGGAGAUUUUCACAAUCAAACAACUAAUAAAGGAAAUUCUAACAGAAAUGAAAAACGGACUUGUGAAAGAAGCGAAGACGAAAAAAUCGAAAAAUUCUAAGAAGGAAAAAUGGCGACUUAAAGGAGUUAACGGAAAUGCUGGCAUAAACAAUUUAAAUAAAAAGGGUUCAAAAUGGAAAAAGGGAAAGGACACCUCCAUUGAAAAGGUAAAAGAGAAAGACAUAAAUGUAACUGCCUCAGUUAGCAAAAUGAAACUUCCCACUUUGGAAGUAGGACGUAUAAUGAAUGCUCUGGAAAAGGAUUGUGUAAUAAGCAUAUCAACCGAGGAAGAUGUGCAAACGUCUACUCGCGAAGUUACAGCGGUGUCGGAUGUAAGCGAUGAAAGUGAAGUCGUGGUGGGAGCUGAGUUAAGUGACGCUGAUGACGCCAUGAUGCUGGAAGAUGUGCUUUGCCGAAACGAUGUUAUUGUGGGGCACUCUGUUAGUUACAACAGCGCCUCUACGAUGCUGGAGGACCUACACGACCAAGACAAUGUUAUGCUCAUGGAAAAUGCAAGUGAGCACAUUGACGUCGUGGUGGUAGAGGAUGUAGGCAGCGAAAAUGCCCCCAUCAUGGUGGAGGACGUAGGUAGGGAAAUAUUCCCCAUGAUGGUAAAUACGCCUAGUCAAACCGUCCCCCGCUUAGUGGACGAUCUACAGGGAGAAAUCGAAGUGCCAAAUCUAGUAGAUGAGCUCGUCUGCGGGUUGGAGGACUACAAACCAAGCAACGAAAACAAAAUGGAUGAUGCUCCCUGUAGGGACGCAAAAAAGGAAGAAAUACGUCAAGAAAUUAAAAAGUUAAUCGAAAUGGUAAAAGAACUGAAACGAGAAUACACGAAAGAAAUGGAAAAGGAAAAAUGCAUGAUAACAUAUUCAGAUGAAACGAAUGUGAACGCACAAAUAAUAGACCUUCCCUUUGACGAGGAUCGGACCAUGUUAGAGGACUCACCAGCGGGUAUUUUAACCCUUCAAAUGAAGGAGGAAAAAACAGAAAAGGAAUUUCAACAUGGGAUGAUAAAAGAUCACGAAGAGGAACAGUCUUACCAACUGGAUGUAAACAAAAUAGCAACCACACUGCCCGAGCAAAUCAACCUAAAACAAAAGUCAAAAAGUUGCAACGAUUUGGAAAAUUCCAAGGCGGAUAACGCCACUACACAUUCCUCAAGACCAACAUGUACCAAAAGAAAAAACAGUCUGAACGAAAGGGUUAAACUAAAACUAAUGAUGCGACAGAGCCUUAAAAUGGGCAAUUCGAACGAGGCAAAAGUGAAGAAGAGGAAAGAAAAAGAAAAACUGAAGCAAAUUUUAAAAGAUAUUUUGAACGCGGAAACGAUUAGGAUAUUUCUUAACGAUCAGGCUGCUGAAAAUGAUCUACACGAGUACCAAAGAAAAAGAAGCUCGCCUCAUGUGAGAGCAGAACGGGAGUAUGUGAACGCACCCGGGGAAGCGGUUACACGUGCAAAAGAGGAUACGUGUGUCCAUUCGCCCACAAAAAGUGUAAAUCCCUUAGGUGAUAACCCCCCAUCGCCAAGUGCUAAAAUACCCCAACUCGGCCAGGACAUUUGUUACAAAAUGGACCUGCACACCCUAAACGAUCCCUGCGGCGAGAUCCCCAUCCAUGGAAAAGAAACCGCAAAGGGGAAAAGACAAAAUGAGAAUUCCAGCACCAUAUCAGAAAGAAACGAAAAAAUAAAGAAACUUAUGAGCAGCAAAAGGGUAACAUUAAACGAAAGUUUAGCCAUGAAAAGAGCAUUUUUCAAUGCACAGAAAAAGGCGGGCACGGAAGACAUUACCGAUGAUUUCUUCUGUUAA